AUGAACAAUUCCCGCAUCCCUCUCAAAAGCCAGUCGGCCCGCAAGUCCCAAGGUUGCCUCAGCUUCGUGCAUCUCUUCUCGGUAGCUUUCCUAGUUUUGGUUCUGGCCGCGCAGCUCCUGUUCCGUGACGCCAAGCUCCAUUACUCUCACAUCUUCACCGGACAGCCUUUUUUGAGAGCUAUUCCUUCCCCUCCAGCUCGGAUUGACCCCGAACCAGUCUGCGAGAACCAACCCUUUCCCACCAGUCUCCCAGUUUCUUGGCCUCUCAACAUGGCUCUGGCAGAAGAGACCAAGGCUGUUGUCGCCAAGUUCGACUACACCGACGAGAACCUCAAUGCGGGUGUCAAGGAGUUCAUCCGCCAGAUGGGCGAGGGAUUGGAGCAGGAUGGCACGAGUUUGAGCCAAAUUCCCACAUACGUCACUGCGGUGCCCAACGGAACGGAAAAGGGUAUGUACAUGGCAGUGGAUCUUGGCGGUACCAACUUUCGAGUCUGCUCCAUCCUGCUGAACGGCGACACGACCUUCAACCUCACCUACUCCAAGGUCGCCAUCCCCAAGGAAUUGAUGGUUGCCAAGACGGCGGGGGAACUGUUCGCUUUCCUGGCCAAGCAGAUCGAGGAGUUCCUCAAGACGCACCACCAAGAACACUUUUACAAAGCUGUCAGGCGGCGCCAGACGUUCAGUGCCCCCGAGGGAUACAGAGAUGAGAAUGCCUUGCAAUUGGGUUUCACCUUCAGCUUCCCGGUGAACCAGAUCGGCAUCAACAAGGGCAACCUCAUCAGGUGGACCAAGGGCUUUGACAUCCCGGACGCGGUCGGCAAGGAUGUUUGCGCGCUGCUCCAGGUUGAGAUUGACAAGCUGCACCUCCCGGUUAAGGUCUCGGCUCUUGUCAAUGACACUGUCGGUACCCUGAUGGCACGCUCAUACACCUCGCCCGGCAAGACGGGGGCCAUCCUGGGGGCCAUAUUCGGCACGGGUACCAACGGCGCAUACAUUGAGAAGCUGGCCAACGUCAAGAAACCCAUGACAGGCGAGUUCGACAAGACCACAGGGUUGAUGGUGAUCAACACCGAAUGGGGCUCCUUCGACAAUCAGCUCAACGUACUGCCCAAUACCACCUGGGACAUCCAGCUCGACAAGAACACCCCCAACCCCGGUAUCCAGAUGUUCGAGAAGCGGGUUUCCGGCAUGUUCCUCGGCGAGAUCGUUCGCUUGACCAUCGUCGAUAUGCUCAAGAACGACGACAUCCAUCUAUUCAAGGACAUCAACUCCAGCCACAACGACUGGAAGUCAACGACCAACAUCGCGCCCCAGUCAGGCAUCUUCCAACCCUGGGGUCUUGACAGCGCCAUCAUGUCGGUGGCAGCUGCAGACAACACCCCUGAGCUUGGUACUCUGCGCCAGUCGCUCGAGUCUGAUCUGCACGUCUACUCUCCUUCUCUCGAAGACGCUCAGGCCUUCAAGGCCAUUGCCGGCGCCAUCGGUCGCCGGGCCGCUCGUCUUUCGGCCGUGGCGGUCGGUGCGAUCGUCCUCCAGACCGGUAAGCUGACGGAUCCCGAGUGGGCGGGAGAGGCCAUCGACAUCGGCGUCGACGGCAGUCUCGUCGAGCACUACCCCUACUUCCGAGACAUGAUGUACGAGGGCCUGAGGGCAAUCGAGGGCAUCGGCGAGGAGGGCGCCAAGCGCAUCCGGAUCGGCAUCGCCAAGGACGGCUCCGGCGUCGGCGCCGCUCUGAUCGCGCUGGUCGCCGCGGGCAUGGAAAAGAACCAGUCCGUCGCGGACCACCUGCACGACGUACGGACCGAGGCCAAGGCCAAUAUCCCUUCUGCGAUACCCGAGGCCGGGGAGACGAGCACGGUCAUCUAA